AUGCAGGGACCACUCUCCCAGAGUGCCCGCGACCAGGAGACGGCCAUGUUUCAGCACCUUGUGUCUUGUUGCCACCCACCGGCAGCGGAGACGUCGAACAAUCCGCCUCCGUCUACCAAGAGACAGCGACAGGAUCCGGAAAACACAGCCAUGCCCCAGGUGGGGCUGAAUGCCGAGCCGACUUCGGGAGACAAGGGCAAAGGCAAGGCCAAGGGAAAAGGAAAGGGCAAGGGAAAAGGAAGGAACAAGAGCAGGGGUCCGGGCCAGGGCCAGAGCCAAAACAAAUCAGCCUGGUGGAAUACAUCGGGCAGCGGCAACGGAGCGCUGACGGACUGGGAUGCCCAGGCGUGGAGCCAUGCACCCUCGGGAGGGUCGUCAUCCAUGCAGCCUCCCACCUUGGGCCAGAUGGCGAGGCUUCUCCUUCGGCACGAGAAGCAGUUGCAGGCGGUGCAACAAGACAUGAAGCUCCACUUUUUCUUCCGUCCCGAUCCACCGGGAUCCGUGCUGCCGUUCAUGACUCAGGUUGCGAAGAGAUGGCACGAGCUGAUGGAUCAGAACAAGGUGCAGUCAUCUCUGCGCGAGACCAUGUUGCGCGAGCUGAUCCAAGAGCUCAAGGGCCGAAUCAAGGGCUUUACAGCAGCUGCCAUGACGGAGAUGCAGAAAAAGGCCAACGAAAUGGAAUGGAGUCGCUCGGUGGACUCGCUGCUACAGGACCUGGGGGAGAUCGAGAAGCUGAUGCACUACGAUUCGUCACUUCGGGAGUGUACGACCAUUGAGUCAGAACUACAAGACUCAGUCGAGUUGAGGCAGGAUGGAGACAUGCUAUGGCGGCUGUUCAACUCCCUGAUCAAUUGUGCCGUUCUGCACCUUCUCGGUGCCAGACUCCGCCGGGACCGUCCGGUCGACUCGAGUCUUGCCCAAUCCUUGCAGCACUUCCUGUGGGAGGGUCGGAGCCUCAUAUUUCCUCAGUGUCCGUGCUUUAUCAGCUUGAUCUUCUUGCGAUCAGCCUUGCCAAUCCCACCCUGUAAGACCUGCUACAUGAACAGUGCUCUGAAUGCACUACUGGUCGUGAUACUUAGCACGGGAUCCACUCAUGAGGCUGACCUGGGCCAGCUUCGACAUGUCUACCAGGCACUGCGUGAGCGUGCCACUCCAUUGGACAUCAGUAAACUGCUUACCUGGGUAAUGUUUAUCAGUCCAUGGGCCACCCCCUUUCAACAGCAUGAUGUUGGCGAGUUUGUUCAGCAUAUUGCGCCUAGGAUCCGGUCGCCUCUUUUCGUGGGCAUGUGGCAAGCCAGGCAGACCUUUGGUGAUCACUGUCAGGUUGUGGACUCUGGUCCAGCAUUUUCUCCUGUGCUCCUUCCCUUGACAGGGGAUGCAACUCUGCAAAACUUCAUUGAUCAGUGGCACGCUCAAGAUGAUUCCGCCAUACAGCAAUCGUGGAUUACAGAGGACAGCACGCCUGCCAGAGUAUGCAAUGCUGCGGACUUCACUGCCUUAGCACACAACGCAUACCUUGUUUGGGCCAUCCGAUCCCCGGCGGAGCACUCAGGUCCUGUAUCCUCGACAUCUGAUGGAUGA